AUGGCGCUCAUACAGACUGCAUUUAUAUGGGUUGCGUAUGCCGUUGCUGUAGGCAUCGUAGCUCUCAUAGCAGCCAUUUUUACCUAUACGUAUCAAACGCCACGCGAUCGCUCAGCUCUGGUUUCUACCGUUACGAUUAUCACAUUGACCUCCUUGUUGGCAACAGUUCUCCUUCUUCCCGUUGAUAUUGCUCUUGUCAGCUCGACGACCUCGAAGCUUGGUGCAAAGAAAGACUGGGCAACUCCCGAGACUGUUCACAACAUCCUCCUGACUCUAAAAAUUGUUUACUAUGCAUUGUACAGCUUGGAUGCCGUUUUAUGCCUUCUUGUUAUUCCAUUUACAUACUUCUUUUACGAAGAAUACGAUGAAAUUGAUUCAGAGGAAGGCACGCAGACAUUCGGCCAGAGAUUCCUCAGUGCAGCAAAAUACACAUUAUUUUUUGUUGUCCUGGUCGUAAUUUUGUUCUUGGUAGGAUUCUUUGUACCCGUCGCAAAGAAUCGUGGAUCCGAUAUGGAUCUAGACUAUUUCAAACGUCUUUUGGCUGAAAACCACGGAGAGCGUGCCUUAACUUUCGCAUUGGGACUAUUAAUUUCAUUGGGCACGUUGUUAUACAUACUUUACACCUCUGUUGGACUGGCACUGUUGCCCAUAUCUUUCAUCAAAUCUGCACCUUCAAUCAGCGCGCCACAGCUUUCAGAAACAACAGCGUCAGCUCUAGAGCAAAACAGGGAACGACAACGUCAAUUAGAAGGACGAAAUGCUGGGAGAGAUGGCGGAUUGUCGGCUAAAGACCAGCGAGAAUUGGAGGCUUUACAUCGUGAAGAACGCACUCUGGUUAGACGGGAACGUUUAGCCGCAGAAGCUCGUGGAGAAGGGAAGAGCUUUAUCGUCAGAGCAUGGACCAAGACUUGCGCAAUCUUCAGACCUCUCAAAUUGGUUGGAGGAAUACUGCUUCUUAUUCUUUCCCUGGUUAUAUGGGUUUCCAUGCUCAUUACAGGAAUUGAUAAGGCGAAGAACUCAUUCUGUAAACAACAUUGUGGUUACAUUCUAGGAAGUAUCAAUAUUUUCCAGCCGAUCAAUUGGAUUUUCGUCAAGUCAUCUAUAGUCUUCCCAAUUGACUAUGUUUUGAUGGCACUAUUAGUUCUAUUCCUCUUCAGUAGUUCAGUGACAGGAAUCGCCGCUAUUGGUCUUCGAUUCUUAUGGGUAAAACUCUUUGAAAUACGAAAAGGACAUACCUCUCCACAAGCUCUCCUCAUGGCAACGGUCAUGCUAACUUUGAUCAUACUCGCGAUAAACUACUCAAUCGCCAUGUUAAUAGCACCACAAUACGCAAUUUAUGGUGCCCAAACAUUCUGCGCCAACCCUACUAAAUUCCCUGGCGACCAACCAGAUUGUAGCAACCACCCAGAGUUGAUCAAAACAUGCAGUGAGCUUUCUUCGGGCGAGGGUGCCGAAAAGGUUUGCACACCUAGCGUCGUGUCUACUUUCCUCAAUAGAGUUACCGUCAACUUCCCAUUCUUCGGUGCCCUCGCAUUUUGGGCUCAAUUUGUCUUCCUCGCAGUCUUUUUGAUCGUCUUCGUUACAGCGUUGUUCCGAACUCCCAAAUUGGACCUUAGCGAGAUGGAUGAAGAUGCUGAGGCUGAUGAGGAAGAAGGUCUUCUUGCUAGUACUGGCAGGAGGUUCGGUGCCACAUGGCAAGAUAUCCGUGGCAAAACGAAGAAUACUAGUAGUGGUGCUGCUGGUCGAGGAAUUCGUGGCGAUCAUGAUCCUAACGACGAUUAG